AUGCAUCGACUUUUUGCUGAGCUGGAGCCAUCUGUAACCGUCACCGAGCAAAACCUGGCAGACCGAGUUCGGUAUUUCUUGCGCUCAAAUACAUUUGAUGUUACCGAACUCGAACGGCUACGACGUGAGGCUGUUCCUUCAUCGGGUGAAAAUGCUGCGGCUGAGGAUGCGGCGCCACAACUUGCUGAGCAAACGGCAAAUGUAGAUGCCGCCGUGAACACGCCAGUUGUGGUUUAUUCAGACGAUGAUGGAACAGUCGCCCAGGAACUGGAACUAGAGCAAAUGAGGAGUACAUUGGAAGAGGCGAUUGUGGAAACGCGCAGUACGCCUCUCGAAAAUCGACCGCGACUUCCCCCGCUUAGCCCUAAGCAAGCGGAAUCGGGCUGUCGUGAGGGCUCUGAACCCAAUGCUGGUUACCUAUUUGGAAGCCAGCCAGGACAUUUGCGAGACGGACUCAAUUCUUUUUGGCGCCGCACUGGCAGUCUGCCGUAUUAUAGGCGCCAAACUUUCCACAGCUAG